GAAAGAAUUGGCUAGUGAUCUGUGGAGGUAAAUAACUUUAAAUAACCUUUUUUUUAAUGUUUCAGUUUGGGUCGCCACAUGGUCCGAUUGUGAUGAGAGUGAUUUUUGGGCCCUAUUUAUGAAUGCAUCAUCGUUAUUCUGAAACGGAGUUUAGCUAAGCAGGCAGAUUGAUGCCAAAUUUUUAAGUCCAGCCCAUCAUUGAAAGUUCGAAACACUUACAAAACUCACCCCAAAAACCCUAGUUUACUCCUGCUCUCCAGUCGCCGAAACCACAAUACCACCUGAAAAAAAUUGCCGAUGGCACCUGCCCCUAUCAUUGAAGAACUCGAGGUUAAGAAGAAGCUGCAUCCGGAAGAUGCGCCAGUUGUGGAAGACGUAAAUGAGGAAGACGAGCACGACGACCUCGAUGAUUCCGACGAUGAAGACGAUGAUAAGGAAGAUGGGGCUCAAGGUGGGAAUGAAAGUUCAAAGCAGAGCAGGAGUGAGAAGAAGAGUCGUAAGGCAAUGCUGAAACUUGGAAUGAAACCCAUUCCAGGUGUUAGCCGUGUUACUAUUAAGAGAACUAAGAACGUAUUAUUCUUCAUCUCAAAGCCAGAUGUGUUUAAAAGUCCAAAUAGCGAGACCUAUGUGAUAUUUGGGGAGGCAAAGAUUGAAGACUUGAGCUCUCAACUCCAGACACAGGCUGCCCAACAGUUUAGGGCUCCAGCAGAAUUGGGUGGUUCGGCUGGGGCUAAGCCCGGAGAUUCUACUGCGGCUGUGCAGGCAGCUGAGGAAGAAGAAGAAGACAUUGAUGACAGCGGAGUUGAACCUCGGGACAUUGAUUUGGUUAUGACACAAGCUGGUGUUUCCAAGUUCAAGGCUGUUAAGGCUCUGAAGGCCCAUGAUGGUGACAUUGUUAGCGCCAUUAUGGAGCUCACUACUUGAAUAACUCUUAGAUUAUGGAGUUUGGGUUCUGGAACAGAUUUUGUUUUCCAUUUUAUCCUAAUUAUCCCAACUGGGGAACCCUGUGUUGCCGAGUUGUGCAUGAUUUUCUUGAAUCCAUAUUGUUUAAUGCA